AUGAAAGCUGAGAUCUCAGAUAUGAGCCAGUGGACAGAGGUGGAUUUGGAAGAGAAGUGCACCUACAUUGUAAAUGACCAACCUGCAGACCCAGUAAAAUAUGCUGAGAUCCCUCUGGCCAGAGCUUCCAUACCCCGAAACCUUAUCUUUAAGUACACAGCUACCAAUGAGGUGAUUGGAGUAAUUAGCAGGGAAUAUAUCCCCCAAGGGACACGUUUCGGGCCAUUGGUUGGGGAUAUCUACACCAAAGACAAUGUCCCAAAGAACAUAAGCCGAAAAUAUUUCUGGAGGGUGUAUUCCUCCGGGAGUCUCAGUCAUUUUCUGGACGGGUAUAAUGUGUGUAAGAGUAACUGGAUGCGGUACGUGAAUCCCGCACAGUCGGCGGAAGGGCAGAACCUAGUCGCCUGUCAGAAUGGCACCGAUAUUUACUUCUACACCGUGAAACCAAUCCCUCCCAGCGAUGAGCUUCUGGUCUGGUACAGCCGGGAAUUCGCUGAGAGAUUAAACUACCCUCCGACCCGGGACCUGGUGAUGUUAAAACUCAAACAUAAUCUCAAGGGAUACAAGGAUCUGGUGUCAGAAUUCACUGGCCAGCUACCUCAGAACCGAGAAGAUGUACACGAAGGCCAAAAACCGUAUGCUAAUGACACAAAGAAUGAGGAAGAAAAGGUGAAUGUGGAGAUAAUUGACAGAGAUACACCACCCAUCACUCCAGAUGACCAAAUUGUGGAUUUCAGUAAAAAGCUUUAUCCAGGUGUAGAGACCAGACAUCAACCAGAAGAAAAUAGCUCGAAGAUAAAUGAUGUUAAUGACAAAGAAAAGCCAUUGGAGAGAACCAGCCCUUUUUCCAGAACCAGUCCAAACCAAAGAUCAAAAAGUCCUGUUGUUGAACAAUACCCUCAGAUUUUGUCUCUCAACUCAACUACCUCAUCUCAGAAAGAACGCUCUCUCCAUUUGAAUGGAUGUCACAGCCAUGCUGAGGGCCUGGUCUCUUACCCGAUGUACUCGCCUCCAAGUCACAUCCAGCAUCAGUAUAUAUAUCCAUAUAGCACCCUGUCUCCUCACUACCCUAGAUUAAUAUUGCCCAACUAUUCACCUACUUUCAACAGUAUUCACACGCUGAACAGUCCAAGCACCUUGAACAAUGUGAACAAUCUUAGCCUCUUUAGCAGGAUGGCCCCAGUCUGUGGCAAUUUUGUGAGCAGAGACUACCUGCCUCAUCCCAUGAUGAGCCAGCCUGUUUUGCCCAUCACACUGUCAAAUGAAGAAGGCCAAAGGCUUCAUGUUCCUGAGCAGCCAAGGCGCCUCCUUAUCCCUGCUCCGACCAGUGCUUUCUCACCUACAGGUCCAGCAAUGGGCCUGAAGGAAACUCUUCUUGACCAUUCACCACCAUCCGGUUCCUCAAUAACGUCUGAGCAGGUACAUCUAAAAGCUAGCUCCUGGAAUCCGGCAAGUGAGGAAGCGAUAAAUCUGAGCAAACCAAAGAUUUCUCUGGCAGAUUCCCCUGGUUAUAAAUCACUUCCAUACCCACUGAAGAAACAGAAUGGAAAGAUCAAGUAUGAGUGCAACGUGUGUUCAAAGACCUUUGGCCAGCUGUCAAACCUAAAAGUCCACCUGAGAGUCCACAGUGGAGAGAGACCUUUCUCAUGCCACACCUGCAAUAAGACGUUUACACAGCUGGCUCAUCUCCAGAAGCAUUACCUGGUGCACACUGGAGAAAAGCCUCACCAGUGCCAGGUGUGUCACAAACGUUUCAGUAGCACCAGUAACCUGAAGACUCACCUCCGUCUCCACUCUGGGGAAAAACCCUAUCAGUGCAAGCAGUGUUCAGCAAAAUUCACCCAGUUUGUUCACCUCAAGCUGCACAGACGCCUGCACAACAAGGAACGGCAACACAAGUGCCACUUCUGCUCCAAGAGCUACAUCCACCAGUGCAGCCUGAAAAUCCACCUGAAAGGCAAUUGUCCCAUGGCCUCAGUGAGCAGCUUGUCCAAGGAGGAACUCCUCAGGAUUGACGAUGUGAUUGAUAACUUUGACAUGAGCGAGCAUGCAGAAAGAUUGGAUGAGAGUGCCACGGUAGCAGAGAUGGAAGUGGUAACUGAGCAGCUUCUAGCCGCUGGCCUAGAGAAGGGCCACAAAGAGGAGCCAUUCAAAACAACAUGUCACAAGAGCAAUGGAGACAGCCCUCCAUCCAUUGGUUUCCAUGAGAGGACCAAAAAUUUAAUGUUAUACCAUCAUAUUUCACCACCUCAACCACCUGUCAGGGUCAAACAAGAAGCCAGUUUAUAAUUGCACAUUAGUUAUGUGCCAGGACUAAUUUGAUGAAUUCUGCAGCAAACAGGGUUAACCACUGGGGCUCAUGUGACAUAGCUGACUGUUUUGGGAAACUUAGAAGGAAAAUUCAUGGCAGGGAGGAAAUUGAAACCCUGCCUUGUUUUGUGUGAUUUAAGUACUUCCAGUAAUAAUAGUAAUUAUCUGACUCUGCGUGUGUGUUUGUUUCAGUUGAAUUGUUUUAUAGGACCUGGUAAAUUGAGAAUCCACUCUCUUGUCCUUGUGAGUUCCUAUUGAUUCAGUCAGACCAAAAACAAAAUGCCCAAACAUGCGGCCCUUACUGGGUCUGGGUGACACAUGGAUUCAGCGUCUAUUGUAAUUUUUGUGCUUUCAAUGCUUUCUCAGGGUGUGUUAGAUAUAUUUAUGUGACAAAAAAUGGUAUAUAUUUUUAUCAGUUAAGAGACAAUCAGAUAUGAGUUUAUUCUUCUAAGGUCUAUAUCUUAUUUAUUAAGGGACAAAGCAUUGUUUUUAUUUUAAAUAAAGUUCACAGUGACUAAAAUGUGGGAUAAUUGAUUAAUAUCUGUGAUAAUAUUGAUGAGAAAAUUGAAUUAUUUCAAAAUUCAAUGUGAAAAAUUGGCAUCAGAAGAACAAAUUGUCUUUCAGGCCUUGAUAUCCCUACCUGUCAUUGAGUUUAUCCAACGGUCCUGAUUACUCUCAGUCUAAUGUUUGUGUGAGAUAACGUAGAGACAAUCAGGUGUAACACAGUGUUAUUGGCCAAGCUUGCAUGGGCUGAGAGGAUCAAAGGUUCUAUGAAUGGAAGUGAUUGGAUCCUUCUGAAUUCAGCCAGCAAAUUGCAUGCAGUCUCAACAAUUGAACUCUUGCUGUUUUGGUAGUGAGGGUGAAGUUCAAAAGGAGGGUGCAAUUUUGUUAAAUAAUUCCUUUUCCACCAAAUAUCAAGAAAUUUCUCUUUGGUUUUGGACUGGAGAAUUCACAGGGUGUGGUGUGUGUAGAAAGUAGUGAGGAUAGAUUGAUGUUGGAAGAGGAAAAUAUUUUGAUAGUAAAUCCUUUAUCCUCCAAUACUUGCACAGGGGAUUAGUUUCUUGUUGGUGUUUUUUCUUGUUAAUUGCCUCCUAUUCAGCUCAUUCAUUCACAUUCUGACCAUUCUGCAAUGAAUGAUUCAGGCUUCUAACAAUAUCUUCAAAACAAAAGUCCGUACCAAUAGAAACACAAAAUUACUCCAACUCUAAACCUUUAUGUCCCUUUUGAUCUUCUAGUGCUCUGCUCCCACCAUUAUAUGAUGCACUUCUCUGCCUUUACUGGGGCUAGGCGUGAGACAGAGCUUCAUCACAUUAUGCACCUGUAAGCUGCCAGUCACUGUUAAAACUAGAAAAAUAAAAUGAAUUGCAUUCCUUACCUUUAUAAGAUCGCUAUUAAAAGCAGGGCAUAUUAUGGGGCACAGCCUGUGUUUUUAUACAGAAUGCUGUGAGGUUUGCAUUAGUGUUGGAGCUAACUUUGCUCAAAUUAAGUGGGUAUCAGAUAGAAGGGGCAGAGGUUGACAUAACAUCCACCCUCUUAAAGCCAAAAUCUGCUGAAACAAAAGUUCCUCUAUUUUUCUGGAGUAUUUUAUAGUUGGCUGAAUGAUGUAAAGUCAAAAUAGAUUCAGAAGCAACAAGACUAAAAAUACAUACAUUAUUUUUUACAUGAGUGUACAUGUACCAAAAAGACAGACUUGGCAAUAAUGUGGUUUAAGCAAGUCCUAGAAUGGUUAAGUAGAGCGUUCAUCUUCAAACACAUUGCUAAUUAUUGUGAGUAGGUAACGAGUAAAGGUUGCUCAGGGCAAAAUCCUUUUUGAAAAUAAAGACUGUAAAAAAAUUGCUACUUUUGAUAAUUAGAAGUUAGCUUUUGUAAAUAAAAAUGUAGAAAAUUGCUACACUUCACAGAAAAAUCCAAUAGUCAUAUUGUGCUUUCAACCUGUCUGUGGUAGUCUGCCGGAGAGAUUUCAUUUCUCAGUUUACUGUUUGCUUUGAGAGCAUGAAUUUAUAUUUUGUCUUUUACACUGGAAAAGAUUUGAAUAUUUUUGAGUGAUAUUGCCAUGGAAACCACCAGUGUCGCCUAUGUGGAGUGCUAUUGCGCACAUAUGGGCGGGGCGGGGGGGGGGUGGUGGGAAUCAAAUCCAAUUGACAUUAUAAUUGAAUAGUUGUGCCUGAAUUCAUCUUUGAUUCCCUAAAGGUAGAGAAAACAUAGACAUCUUCUGGCUUUACUUUUACAGAUUUUCCUGUUAUGCAUAGCAUCAGUGAUUACUAUUGGCCAUAUGUCUACUCUGGUUAAAAAGCAUCCUGCAAUUUUUCUUCAAUUUAAUAGGAGUCAAUAUGUGGUAUUCAUGACUACUCAAGGUUUUAAAAGUUAUGUCAAUGGCUCCUCUGAAUCCCACGAUUCCACAAGAUUUGUUGGGUGGCAUCCAUAAUUCUGAAAGAGCCAUGGCUUCAGUGGUUUCUGUGGCAAAAUGAAAGCCCUGGCAAUAUGUAAACCAAACUUUUCUUGAACUGGGUCCACUUGAAGCAUUCCUUUUUGAUGCAUUUGUUUACUAGAGAUGCAGUGAAUUCACUUAAAUACUUCAUGACCCUCCUUGACUCUUGGUCAAAGAUCCAUUACACUGUGAAAUAUGCUGCCACAUGGGUUUACACAGAACAUACUGUAUAUUUACAAAGUGCCAUUGGGCCUUUGCAGUAUGGGAUUCCAAACCAUUCAGCUCUAGGUUCAGUGAGCAAAGAUCAGGGAUCUUAUAGAAUCUUAAUAUAGGGGCUUUGGUUCAAAUAUCUUCAGAUUGUUAGGGGUGAACAAUUGGAUUAUUUUGAUCAAAUAGUACAAUGGUCUUAAAAGCCUGUUUUGUGAAGUGCCGCACCUUUGACUUCAGCUAUUCCACGUAGAGUACGCGUGAUAAAGGAACAGGAGUAGGCCACGUGCACACACACCAAAUUAAUAACAACGAUUAAUGCUUUCCAGCUUUUCCUUGACUAAAUGUGACUCAAGUUUAAGAUUUAAACAAAAAUCUGUCUGAUUAAACAGAUUUAUCAGUAUCUACCUCCACCUUUAUCUUUAUUUCUUCAGUGUUCUCACAGAACUAGCUGAGGGCUACCAAUUUUCAUAGACCUCAGUGCCAACUUAUAUUAUUAGAGUUAGCUGUUAUCUUUAAGAAGUUGGAAGUUGGUUAGCUCAGUUGGCUGAUUGGGCUGGUUUGAUAUGCAGAUGAUGUUAACAAUGUGGGUUAUUCCUCCACCAGCUGAGGUUACAAUGAAGGUCUGUCUUCUCAAACACCCCCCUCACCUGAAAAGUGAUGACCCUCGGGUUAAACUCAUCGUGAGUUAUCACUCUCUAAUUAGUGAUUUUACCUUUAUCUUUAAAGAGACAUCCAACCACAGUAAGGAGAUGACUUUGUUUGGUCUGAGCAGGCCCAAGCCUACCCUACUGUUUCAUCUGCUGAUUGAUGUUGCACAGCAGCCAUUGGCUCUCUUUGCACAAAUACAACUGGGACAGAAGCUGAGGAGAUGUCAGAAUGAUCUGCUGUCUGCUUUGGGGAGUAUUUCCUGUGACUGCUUCCUCUUCAUGCACAGCUUCCCUUGCAGACAAACACUCUGUAAUUAUUUUCACAGCAUUUUUGAUAGAUUCAGUCACAAACCAAACUUUUAAAAGAUAAAAUAUCUUUUAAUUCCUUAUAUAGCUUUGUCCAAUCACUCAAGAAAUCAUUGGCUUAAAGUGAGUAAAGAACCGAAUCAAGCUAGCCAGGGAACCAGAAUCAUGAUCAGAGCAGCAAGGCAAAAAAUCCACAUGGGAUAGUUCUCUGCAAAAACAAUGGUAAUAUUCAACCUGUGUCAGGCAAUCAAUUGUGGAUUCCUUUACAUCAUAAACCAGUUUAAUUUUUAUAGCACUUCUGUCCCAAAUAAGUUAAAAAGGCCUCAUGAUUAGAAGCAUGAACAAGUAUAAAGUCUCUUCCAUACAAAGUUUUAGCUUGUGGUCAAAUGGUUAGAAAUUACGUUUCACUGCUACUUGGAAUACCACUAAAUAUUGCAACAACAGACAUAAUUCAGAUAUGUAAGGUAUUGGUGACAGUAGUUCUGGUGGUAAUGUCUUCUCUAUGAUCUGCAUACCCAAUUAGCCUACUUGCAGUUAUAAAGAGUCAAUAGUACUUACAUCAACAGAAACAUUAGUAGUGGCAUUUUCAUUCUAGAUUAAAGGACAUUUAAGACUCCCCCAAAGAAAAUGACAAUUGUCAGCAUGGGUAUGGACAGUAGUGACAAAUCUAAAAAUAAUUGAUCAACAAAUUCCUGCCCAAAGACAUUAAGGAAGUUUACUCUGAGUGACUGCACCUCUAUCUCUUCCUCUCAAGAAAACCAAACGUUGUUGGAUAAGUAUCUGGGGUCAACAGAUGGAAAUCAGGCUGUUCUUAGUUGAGAUGUUUGACUUCCUUUAACUUGAAUCAAACAGCAGGUCAAAAAUAUCACAGGGACAGAUUGACAUACAGAUUUGCACCAAAGUUACAGAGUAGUUUUUUUUUUGCAACCUCACAUACUUUGUGUAUCUACUGAAGUGUUUUGUACAGAAAGACCUUUUGUAAAAUUAUGUUUACGUGUGGUUUACACUUUAUUUAUGUUAAAUUUCUU